GCUUCCAUUGGGCGGCAGGCAACGGCCACCUCGACGUGUUGCGGCUCCUUGCUCAGUGGGCGGCGGAAACUCUUUCCGCCCUGGAGCCCCUGACAUGGAAUCAGCGCACACCCUUCCACUACGCUGCGCGAAAUGGGCAGCUCGAGGUUUGCCAGUGGCUCCUUGAAGCCCGAUGUGAUGCCCAACGUCCAGCACGCGACGAGGUCUCCCCACUGCAGCUUGCAGUUUGGCAAAACCACCUGACAACGAGCCAGUGGUUUGUGCAGGAGGCAGGGGCCGAUGCUUUGCAACGAAACCGCUUCGGCUGCUCCGUGGCACAUUGGCUCUCGCAGGCACCGGCGGAGAGGGCGGGCCAGCCGCCACGCCAGCGCAGCUUUGAGAACGGGUUUCAAGCUUUCGGAAGAGUAGGAGUCGGGUUCAAGGCGCAGGCAGACACUUUGGAUACUCUUCCGGCGCUGCGGUAA